UCAAACUCACUAAACAAAAGGGGAACAAGGAAAAGGAAUAACUAACUGCAAAUCCACAGAGACAGUUCCUUAUAUUGAGUUUUGCAAAUAAGCUGUACCAGUUUGCUAUUGCAUAUAGACAUGGCAUCAGGCAUUGUGGUUUCAAUGAAGUGCAAAAACGCCUUCGAGCAGAUUCGUAGACAGAAGAUGCAUCGUUACAUCAUUUUAGCGAUUCGUGGCGAGCGCCAGAUUGAGGUUGAGAUUGUGGGACCUCGCGAUGCCAACUACGAGAACUUUCUGGAGGAUUUGCGCAAGGGCGGGCCCGAAGAGUGCCGCUAUGCAGUCUACGACUACGCCUAUUAUCAUCAGUGCCAGGGCGCUUCCUCAACUUGCCUUAAGGAGAAAUUGUUCCUCAUGCUCUGGUGCCCUGUUCAGGCUAAGAUCAAGGACAAGAUGCUCUACUCCAGCUCCUUUGCUGCUCUCAAGAAGGACUUCAUAGGGGUCCAAAAGUGUAUUCAAGCUACUGAAAUGGACGAAGCCUGCCGCGAAUGUGUCGAGGAUCAGCUGCGCUCUCUGGAUCGCGACUAAGAAGAAGAACAAGUGCAAGAACGAAAGCAAGAUCGAGAAGCAACAACAAUCCACAUAAGCGACACGCCACCAUUUUGUAAUAUUUUCAAAUUUCUACGUUUAUAUCUUUUCCAAUGUUUCUGGCAACUCGAGCAUUUUGCAAUGCUCACCAAAAAGGACACAGAAUCGGAGGCCGACAGACAAACGUGCAUAGACAUGGAAUAUCUCUGUCUAUUCUCAGCCAGGUCACAGGUCACCCAUCACCGUUUCAAAGUUCAAUCAAUCAAAACAGUCGGCCACAUCCACACACAUCUUUAUACAUCUUCUGAAUAUAAACAUGUGUGUACAUA